AUGAAAGAAAGUUUUGCUAAACUUGUGUGCUAUACGAAGGCGUUGAAAUUGAACGUAUUCUCCACUCAUCAUUCACCGCAUUUGAGACACCCCCCACAAAGGCCAAACCAAAACUCAAAAACCCUUUACUUUCUCUGUGUCUUCUUCUCUCAAACUGAUAAACACACAUUAAAAAUGGAGGGUCUGAUUCCUUUUGUUUACAAGGCCAUAAUGCAAUACAAGAGUGGAAAAGAGGGUCCUAUAGGAUCAUGGAUUUGUGAGUCACCCUCUUACUCAUACAUGAGACUUCCAGGUGACUCAGGAAGGUUUCAAAUUCAAGCACCAGCUUCAUUCUCUUCACCUUCACAUUCUUCCAACAACCCUACUUCUUCUGCCACCCAAAUCAUUGUUUCCUCCGGGGUUCAGUCCCCACAUCAGUGUUUGACACAUCGUCGAAUUGCAGCACGAACAGCAGCACUAUGGAGCAAGUUGGUUCGUACCUGA